AGAGAAAAAGCGAAAGGGGAAAACGAAAAGAAGAGCGAAUGCGCAAAUUCGAUUUCAUUCCAAUCGAAUCUCUCUCGACACAAGCCAUACCCUACCUCCGAAUCUGCUAACAACCAUCACAAUUUCGAGAUCCGCGACGAGGAGACGUAUAAAUGGAGGCCUCAUGAUCGACGAUACUCGAUUUCUUCGUUCCCGAUUUUGCGGCAUUCCGCGAUGAUGCAGAUUGUGGAGAUCGAUCGCUACAAGCCUCGAUUCUCGAAUGGAUCGAUUGUGCGCUUGUUUCCCCCAACGGCGUAUGUCGGCGGCCCGAGGCGGAGCGCUUCGUCCUACAACAGGCUUCAGCAGCCGCCCCUCCGAAUCACGGUUCUCAAAUUGGACGGAUCCACUUUUGGAGUUGAGGUGAGUAAGAUGGGAACCGUUGGGGAGCUGAAGCGGGCUGUCGAAUCGGCUUUUGAUCAUCUGCCAAAGGAGGGGCCUGACAGGGUUUCAUGGGAACAUGUAUGGGGACAGUUUUGCCUUAGUCACGAAGGCGAGAUGUUGUUGAAUGACCGAGAUUAUAUCAGCAUGGUUGGCAUAAAGGAUGGUGAUCAGCUGCAGUUCAUUCAUCGUGCUUCGAGUACCAAUAAUUUCAUAAAGAUAAAAUCAAAGGCAGCAUACACUAGUGAUGAUGAUGAAUCCCACAAAAAGGUUGAACACAGAAAUGUAGAGAAAGAAGACAGCAUUCAUGAAGAGAUAUCAGAGGAGUCUAAGGAAGAUGCUCAUUGGGAUUUAAGAGAUGACGUUGGGACAAAACGCGAUCACCGGCUAAGUCACUUAAUAAAAGGGUGGUUUCCAUAUCGCAAGUUCAGUAGCUCGAGCUCCAACUCCCGGAUGAGGCUUGCAGAGAGAGGCUGCUCUUCUAGAUCUUCGCGCAACGUGCUGGGAAGUUUCAAGAAUUGCUUGAGACGUUCGGGCAGAAAGAACGACUCCCGUAGGUUGAGUUGGAAAAUCAAGUGAAAACUCCUUUUGUUUUAAAGGUAUUGAAGCACAAGUGAUCAGUUGCAGAAAUAAUAUGGUUGAUGCUUAGUCAGAUUAUGAUUUAGGAAAGUUUUGUGGAAUUAGCGAAUCGUGUGUUGAAGAAUGGAACUGUCUUUGUUGAAUAAGAAUUUAUUGAGAAAUGCAUUUCGAUUUUGGUUGAUUUGUUUGAGA